UCAAGCCUUACUUUGAGCCCUAGACCUUUGGAUCCUUGGCAACACGACGCUCGAUUACAGUCGCAAGCUUAAUGUUUUAGGCCUUGCAAAUACGGAUUAUGCAGAUGACAGCUCAGUGAGAGACUCUUAAUGUCACUCAACGGCACAUAUUUCAGCCCAACCGCGAAAACAACCGACACACGCUGUGAUAAAGCGCAGGAACCGAGAAUGACACACGACUCACCUCGGAAUGAAGGCGAGUGCGGAUCGGUCCGUCGUGUCAGCAGGGAGUGGUGGCUUCACGUGGCUCUGUUGUUCAUCCCUCUGCUCGCUGUGUAUCUGCAUAUCCCUCCGCCACAGCUCUCACCUGCGCUCAACACCUGGCACUCUUCCGGUCACUUCUUCACAUUCAGAGUCAAUAACGUCUUCUAUAAAGAGUCAGUUGGUGUCGUGGGAAGCUCUGAUGUCCUCUUGCUGCUUCAUGGAUUUCCUACUUCAAGCUAUGACUGGUAUAAGGUCUGGGAUUCUCUGACUCAACGCUUUAACAGAGUCAUCGCCCUCGACUUCCUUGGCUUCGGUUUUUCUGACAAACCGCGACCGCACCGUUACUCCAUCUUCGAGCAGGCCAAUGUGGUGGAGGCCCUGGUUGCUCAUUUGGGUCUGUCGGAGCAGAGGAUCAACAUCCUGUCACAUGACUAUGGAGACACUGUAGCUCUCGAGUUACUGUACAGGAGUGACCAUAACAGAAGCGGACACAUCACGAUAAACAGCCUCUGCCUCUCAAAUGGAGGAAUAUUCCCAGAGACUCAUUAUCCAAGAUUUGUUCAGAAAGUGCUGAAGGACUCUGGUUUCAUUUCACCUGUACUUACCCGCCUAAUAAACUUCCAGUUUUUCUCUAGAGGAAUAAGAGAUGUGUUUGGACCGUACACCCAGCCAACAGAGACCGAGUUGUGGGACAUGUGGACAGGAAUUCGCUUUAACGAUGGAAAUCUGGUCAUGGACAGUAUCCUGCAGUACAUUAACCAGAGGCUGAAACACCGAGAGAGAUGGGUCGGGGCUCUAACCUCCACUUCAACACCAUUGCACAUGAUUUAUGGACCACUAGAUCCAGUUAAUCCACAUCCUGAGUUCAUCCAGCUCUACCAGAAACUAGUGCGGAGAUCCACAGUAUCGGUUCUAGAUGAGCAUGUGAGUCACUAUCCACAGCUGGAGGAUCCCACAGGCUUCUUUAAUGCCUACCUCAGCUUUAUCAACUCAUUCUGAGGAGUAAUAAUAGGAAUAUUGCCUCAAAUUAGUUGUUAGAAAAUAUUCAAUUCCGUUUAUUAUCAAACCGCAGAGUGUGUGAAAUGUCAGUCAUGUGUUUAAAUGCACAAAACUGAAAGUAUUGCACCAAAUACCCAAACAGUCAUUACAAAAAAUAUUAAGAGUUUGUUCAAAUGCAAUGCAAACUUGUAAAUAUAUGUGUUCCAAGCAUGAAUGCUUUUAUUCAAAUAAAAUGAUCUUUGUAUGAA